AUGGGAAGCGAUAACAUCGAGAGGGUCCUAGGACUGGAGUGGAACCCACGGCAGGAUUGUUUCCAAUUUCCUACCAGCCUACGUGGUGAGCUGGCGCCGUAUGUUUGCGGCGAACGACGACCGACUAAGAGAAUGGCUCUUCGAUGUAUUAUGAGUCUUUUCGACCCAUUGGGUCUUCUGUCCCCGUAUACAAUCCACGGGAAGAUGCUGUUCCAAGAUCUUUGGAGAUGCGGCAUACAAUGGGAUGACGACAUUCCGGAUGAAGCUUUCGAGAAAUGGGUCCGAUGGACAAAGCUUCUCCAAGAAAUCAACAACCUUCAGAUCCCCAGGUGCUACUGUGGUGGAGAUCAUGCUGGAGGGUACGAAACAUUGCAGCUACAUGUGUUCACCGAUGCCAGUGAAUUGGGCUACGGAUGCGCGGCGUAUUUCCGUGUCAUCGAGGAUGGAAAAGUGAAAUGCUGCUUGGUGAUGGCGAAGGCUAAGGUGGCCUCCCUCAAGGUGCAAUCGAUUCCCAGAAGAGAGCUUCAAGCCGCUGUAUCUGACCACCGAAAAUUCAAGCAAUAUGUAGCCGUUCGCAUCGGAGAAAUUCUGACCUUAACAGAUUCGGAUCAGUGGCGCUGGGUCCCUUCAAAAGAGAACAUCGCUGACUGUUUGACCAAGUGGAAUAAAGAUACGGAUCCAAAACCGGAUGGUCGUUGGUUUAAUGGCCCAUCAUUCCUGUACGAACCUGUUGAUAGAUGGCCACAACAGAAAUCACCGAAUGAAAGCACCAACGAAGAGUUGAGAACCCACUACCUUUUCCACCACAUUGAUAUUCCCAUUCAGCUAAUUGACAUUGCUAGAAUCUCUAAAUGGACCAUAUUGGUACGCAUACUGGCUACGGUUAUAAGAUUUAUUUCGAAUUGUCGUCGACGGAAGAAAGCAUUGCCCAUCGAGACGGUACCUUCCGUAGAGAAUGUGAAGCGAUACGUAAUGCGAACCAUCCCGAAUAUCGAAACACCGUUGAAGCAAUCCGAAUACCAAUCAGCCGAAAAUAUCCUUUGGCGAUUGGCUCAAAGUGAGCACUACCCCGAUGAGGUGAAGGUGCUGAUAUCUAAUCGUGAACGAGCCCUGAAGGAUUUAAUCAAAAUUGAGAAAUCUAGUUCAUUGUAUCAACUCUCCCCGUUUGCUGACGAAUUUGGUGUUAUUAGAGUGGAAGGAAGAACCGUGAAUGCGCAGUACGCGUCCUUCGAUUCCCGAUUUCCAGUAAUUUUGCCAAGAGAGCAUCUAGUAACCCAAAGGCUUUUGGAGCAUUAUCACCGAAUUUUUGGUCACGCAAACAGAGAGACAAUUGUCAACGAGCUCCGUCAGCGUUUUCAGAUUGCGAAUCUGAGGUCCGCUGUUAACGAAGUAUCGAAAAGCUGCCAGGUAUGUAAGAUUAAAAAAUGUAAACCACAUCCACCAAGAAUGGCGCCAUUGCCAGAGCAAAGAUUGACACCGUAUACCAGACCCUUUGCGUAUACCGGUGUGGAUUAUCUCGGGCCGUUGGAGGUAACCGUUGGCAGGCGGAAGGAAAAGCGAUAUGUAGCGGUCUUCACAUGCUUGGUAGUCCGUGCCGUUCACCUGGAGCUGGCGUACAGCUUAACGACGGAUUCCUGCAUAAUGGCGAUCAGGAGAUUUGUGCGAAGAAGAGGUCCCCCACGCCAAAUAUUUUCCGACAACGGGACGAACUUUGUCGGUGCCGAUCGCGAGCUUAAACGACAGAUCAAGAGAAUCAACGUCGACUGUUCCGACACAUUCACCAACGCCCGAACAAGCUGGUUAUUCAAUCCGCCCUCCGCUCCCCACAUGGGUGGAGUAUGGGAGCGGAUGGUGCGAAGCGUGAAAGAAUCGAUGAGAGCUCUCGACGACGGAAGGAAACUCAACGACGAGAUUCUGCUGACGGUGUUGGCGGAAACAGAAGCUUUUAUAAACUCUCGUCCACUGACGUACAUGCCUCAAAGUUCGGCCGACUACGAAGCGUUGACACCCAACCACUUUUUGGGUAACUCCACGGGAGAUCAGGACCCUAUGCGUGAUCCAAUCAGUCUUAGCCAAGCACUGCAAAGCAGUUACCUUCGUUCGCAGUAUUUAGCUGAUGCUACAUGGGACAGAUGGCUGAAGGAAUACUUUCCUAAUAUGAACAAGCGGUCCAAGUGGUUCGAAGAUGUGGUGUCGGUUAAACUUGGAGACCUGGUGUAUAUUGCGGAAGGCAGUCGGCGUACCUGGAUCCGAGGAAGGAUCGUGGAGCUAAUCCCGAACAAGGAUGGAAGGAUCAGACGUGUUGCAGUACAAACGGCAUCUGGACGACUUGAGAGACCGGUGGCGAAGCUGGCCGUUAUGGAGAUAGGUAACGGUGAAUCCGAGCAAGGCGAUGCGGAGGCCGUUCCGGAUUCAGGGGGUGGAGAAUGUUCUGGCAUCCCUGACGUCGCUGCAUCUUAA